AAAAAAAGUUGUGCGGGAGCGUCCUAACCGUUUUAUUAUGUUUCGGUGUAUUAUAUAAAUCGUAGGAUGUUUUUAGGUAUGUUCGCCUAAAUUAUCUCUAUAUCAUAACAAAAAAUGCCAUAUUAUUCAUUUUUAUCCGCUUUUUUGACAUUGUCGUCAAUUGUAAAUGUACAAGGCUGGAUAUGGGAAUGUUAUUCGGGAUCUUGUGUUAGAGAGCAUUCCAUAGAUGAGAGUUUCAACAAAAGCCAAGUGUUUCCCAGUGUGGAAAUUUGCCGGCUAGUUUGUGGUUCAAAUGGUCCGAUUUGGCCUAAACCCUCAUUAUACGAGGCGACAGAUAAGGCAUUAAUUUUCGUUAACGCAAAAAAUGCCGUUAUUCAUUUUUCAACCUCUACUGAGGCCGAAAGUAAUUUCCUUCGGGAAGUUGAGUCAUAUUUUAUGGAGGCAGUUAAUAAAAUGACCGAACAACAGAAUUGCCAAAGAACGCAAUAUAAAUUAGUUAUUUCUUUGAAUUCCAAAACACCUUCUUUGCACUUAAACUGGAUGACCGAAGAGAAAUAUGAUUUGCAUAUUACAACUGAUGAAGACACUAAAACUUUAAGAGUGAGAAUAACCGGCGAAACUGUGUUCGGGGUGCGUCACGGUGUUGAAUCUUUAUUGCAACUAAUCGAGCUCUUUGAAGACAACGAACAGACCUGUUUUAUAUCCCAGAGGGGGGUUAAUAUAACUGAUCAACCCUAUUAUCGACAUAGAGGCUUGCUCAUCGAUUCGGGAAGAAACUUUUUAUCAGUAGAGACCAUUAAGAGAAACAUUGAUGGAAUGGCCUUGUCAAAAAUGAAUGUUCUUCAUUGGCACUUGACUGACACUCAGAGUUUUCCUUUUGUGUCCGCAAGACUUCCAAACAUGUCCAUCUAUGGAGCUUACAGUGGUGCUCAAACUUAUUCAGCUUAUCAAAUAACAGAUCUCAUCCAAUAUGCUAAAGUGAGAGGUAUCCGAAUAAUACCAGAAAUUGAUGGACCGGCCCAUGCAGGAAGUGGAUGGCAAUGGGGCCCAGAAGCCUCUUUGGGAAACCUGGUGGUUUGUUAUAAUCAGCAACCAUACAGGUCUUAUUGUAUACAACCGCCUUGUGGCCAAAUGAAUCCAGCCAACCAAAAUUUGUAUUUUGUCUUACAAAAUCUUUAUGCAGACCUGAUUGAUUUGUGGACAGAAUCAGAUGUGUUUCACAUGGGAGGAGAUGAGGUAUAUACUCCUUGCUGGAACUCUACUGAAGAAAUCGUCAAUUAUUUAAGAGGAAACCGGUCUGAAGAAGCUUUUUUGAACCUUUGGGCAGAAUACCAAGAAAAAGCAUUGAAUGCAUUCGAUAUUGCUAAUCAUUAUAAGAAUUCGUCAGUAAUAUUAUGGACAAGUAGCUUAACAGAUCCUAGUCAUAUUGAGCAAUAUUUGCCGAAGGACAGAUAUAUUAUACAAACCUGGGUGCCUACCUCAGAUACUUUACCAGAAGAGCUGCUAAACUUAGGGUAUAAAUUAAUAAUUUCCACUAAAGACAGUUGGUAUUUGGACCACGGAUUUUGGGGAACCACUACAUAUUACACUUGGCGAAAAGUCUAUGAUAACAAAAUAUUGACAAGCCCUUCAGUGUUAGGGGGAGAAGUUUGCAUGUGGGGAGAACUAGUUGACGACAAUAAUAUUGAAAGCAGAGCCUGGCCUAGGGCAGCAGCAGCAGCAGAACGUCUUUGGUCAAACCCUAGUACACCAUCAACGGCAGCUUCAUCUCGGUUUUUCGCUCAUACUGAUCGAUUAAUAAAAAAGGGCAUAAAAGCCUCACCGGUAGUUCCUGGAUUUUGUUCAGUUAGUGAGGCCGAUUGUGCCACUUACUUAUAAUUUUUGUUUAAAAAUAUAAAAUAAACUAAC